UUCUGGCCCGCGCUGCCGCUGUUGAGUAUUUCUGUUGUUAAUUCUGUUAAUAACAAGAAGUCUUCGGGAAUGAUUCCGGUUUCUUGGUAUCUCUGUGGGGCUCCUUACAAGAUCUUCCGCCAGACUUCAGAUGACUUCGUCCACUCAUCUCUGACUGAUUUCAUAGAGAACCAAGAUCAGUGUCCUUCAUGGAUGUGUCUAUAGAUUUCAGCAGAGAUGAAUGGCAGCACCUCGACCCCCAUCAAAGAAGCCUCUACCGGGAUGUGAUGCAGGAGACCUACAGUCACCUGCGCUCAGUAGAAGAAUUGCAGCAAAUUGGUGGCCAGAAAGGGACCUGUCAGCAAAUAGAAAAUAAGUCGGCAAGUGAUGUUAUCUUCAUCAAGAAGACACUGGAUACAAAGAGUCGUUGUGGAUCUAAGGUCAUUAGAAAAAUAAUUCACGUGAACCCAUACAUUGUUCUGCCCCCCAAAAGACCCCAUCAGUGUGACUCACUUGGGAAUGAUCUGAAGCAUAAUUUAGAAUUACAGAGUCAUAAUGAAAAUAACGGGCCAGAGAGAAUUAAAAAGAUUACUGAAUAUGAUAAAAAUUCAUCUUAUACCAAUGCUGAGCAUACUAUAACAGGAAAGAAAUUAUGGGACCAAAAUCAAUAUGGAAAAGCCCUCAAUUAUGAACAAGUACCUUAUCAAUAUCAGAAAAUUUAUAUUGGAGAGAAUUCAUAUGAAUGUGCUGAAUUUGGAAAGCUCUCCACCCAGAAGUCACAGUUCAAAGUACAUAUGAAAUCUCAUACAGGAGAAAAACUUUAUGUAUGUGUUGAAUGUGGGAAGGCAUUUUCACAAAAGCCAGAAUUCAUUACACAUCAGAAAACCCAUACUAGAGAGAAACCCUAUAAAUGCAAUGACUGUGGAAAGUCCUUUUUCCAAGUCUCUUCUCUCUUCAGACAUAAGAGGUUUCACACUGGAGAAAAGCUCUAUGAAUGCAGUGAGUGUGGGAAAGGCUUCUCCUACAACUCUGACCUCAUUAUCCAUCAGAAAAUCCACACAGGAGAGAGACAUCAUGCAUGCACUGAGUGUGGCAAAGCCUUCACACAGAAGUCCACACUCAAGAUGCACCAGAAGAUCCAUACAGGAGAGAGAUCCUACAUAUGUAUCGAGUGUGGACAGGCUUUCAUCCAGAAGACACACUUGGCUGCACACCGCAGAAUUCACACCGGAGAAAGGCCAUAUGAGUGCACUAACUGUGGAAGGUCCUUCAUUUCCAAGUCACAGCUCCAGGUCCACCAGCGAACUCACACAAGAGUGAGGCCCCAACUGUCUGCUGAGUAUGGGGAAAUCUUCAGCUGUAGUUCCAACCUCAUUGCACAUAAAAAAACUCAAGUGAGAGAGAAAUCUUCCAUCUGCACGGAAUGUGGGAAGGCCUUUACCUACAAGUCAGAAUUAAUCAUUCACCAGAGAAUUCACACCGGAGAGAAACCUUAUCAGUGUAGUGACUGUGGAAAAGCCUUCACCCAGAAGUCAGCUCUCACAGUGCACCAAAGAAUCCAUACAGGAGAAAAAUCAUAUGUGUGCAUGAAAUGUGGGCUGGCUUUUAUCCAAAAGGCACACUUGGUUGCACACCAGAUAAUCCAUACUGGAGAAAAACCUUAUAAAUGUGGUCACUGUGGAAAACUCUUUACGUCCAGGUCCCAACUCCAUGUACACAAACGAAUUCACACAGGAGAAAAACCUUACGUGUGCAGUAAAUGUGGGAAGGCAUUCACUAACAGGUCAAAUCUCAUCACACAUCAGAAAACACAUACAGGAGAAAAAGCCUAUGUAUGUUCAAAGUGUGGAAAGGCCUUCACUCAGAGGUCAGACCUGAUGAUACACCAGAGAAUUCAUACCGGAGAGAAACCAUAUGGCUGCAGUACCUGUGGGAAAGCCUUUACCCAGAAAUCACACCUCAAUAUACACCAGAAAAUUCAUACUGGAGAGAGACAGUAUGAAUGCCACGAAUGUGGAAAAGCCUUCAAUCAGAAAUCAAUACUGAUUGUGCAUCAGAAAAUUCAUACAGGGGAGAAACCCUACGUGUGUACUGAAUGUGGGCGAGCUUUCAUCCGAAAGUCAAACUUCAUCACUCAUCAAAGAAUUCAUACCGGAGAGAAACCUUAUGAAUGCAAUGACUGCGGGAAGUCCUUUACUUCUAAAUCUCAGCUCCUGGUGCACCAGCCAAUCCACACAGGUGAGAAACCGUAUGUGUGUGCCGAGUGUGGGAAAGCCUUUAGUGGCAGGUCAAAUCUCAGUAAGCACCAAAAAACUCACACAGGGGAAAAACCCUACGUCUGUUCGGAAUGUGGGAAGACCUUCAGACAGAAGUCAGAGUUGAUUACACAUCAUAGAAUUCAUACUGGAGAGAAGCCUUAUGAGUGUAGUGACUGUGGGAAAUCAUUCACUAAGAAAUCACAGCUUCAAGUACAUCAGCGAAUUCAUACAGGAGAGAAGCCUUACGUGUGUUCUGAAUGUGGGAAGGCCUUCACUGAUAGGUCCAACUUAAAUAAACACCAAACAACACACAGUGGAGAUAAACCUUAUAAGUGUGUAGUCUGUGGAAAAGGCUUUGUUCAGAAGUCGGUGCUCAGUGUGCAUCAGAGUAUUCACACUUAAACAUUAUGAGGAAAAAACUCACUGAGGUCUUGUCUUACUGUAAUCGUUGUUUCUGUGAAAUGGGAUGCUAUGUAUAUUAUUGUAAUUAAAAAUGCCCAUGUGUCAGUGCUACACAUUACUGCUCAGAAAAGGACCCAGAGAAGGACCUUUCUACAUGCCAAGAAGAAACUGCAUCCAUUUGAUAAAAUAGAAACUUUCUCAUGAAGAAAUUCAGUGGAACACUAUUACCAAGCUCUUCACAAGGACGACUUUGUUAACCAUGUUAAUGAGAAUACUGUUGGGGUAGAUAUAGUGCCAACUAAUUGAAUGAUGAAACCAUAUAAUAUGCCUGAUAGCGAGUCUUUUCUCUGUCAGUUAUUUGUUGCAAACAUUAACAGACCUGUGGGUGUGUUUGCAUUCUUGGUUGAAUCUAACAUAUUUUUGCAUACCCAGUACUUCUGUUGAGAGACAUAUACUACAGGAUGGGGCAUGGCAUUUCAUUUCUCUAAUUCCAGCCUUUUGGAAGGGCAAAGGCAGGAGGGUCACCAUGACUUGAAGGCUAGUCUAAGCUACAAGGUAAGACCCUAUCUCAAAAAUGAGAAAGACCACAAUAAAAACAUAUACUAACAAAAACUUCAGAGUGUAAGUGGGUUCUCAUUGUCAUUUAUACCAGGACCUGUAACCCACUUCAUAAGGUACCAGUUGUCUGUUACAGCUCUGGAGGGAUUACCCUGGCCAUCAAAAGCCAGGCUAUACCUACAGCUCAAAGGGGAAAAGUAUCCUGGCUGUUAGAAGCCAGGCUAUACCUGUAAGUGUUACAGCUCUGAAGGGAAAGAUAUCCUGGCCAUCAAAAGCCAGGCUAUACCUCUUAAGUGUUAUAACUCUGAAGAGAAAUGUAUCCUGGUUGUCAGAAGCAAUAUCUAUAACUCGGAAGGGAAAGGUAUCCUGGUUGUCAGAAGCAAUAUCUAUAACUCGGAAGGGAAAGGUAUCCUGCCAGGAUACACCUACAGCAUUGUUCUGAUGGUUUCCCCAAGGAAUGGAGCAGUUCUGCUCGUGCUCUGGCGAAACUCUACUCCAGAGAAAGAAGGUCAUCCCCUAAACCUCUUUCAGAAGAUUUAUUGGGAGGGCGAAAUCCAGAAGUUUGGCUGCCUCUGCUGGGGUGAAAAAGGGCAACUCCCAACUGAACAGGUAUAGGAUUUAUUUAGGGCUUCUUAGGGGUGGAGUUUUUCAAGGUGGGAAUUGGUCAGAUUUCAGUCCCUAAGCUUGACAACCUCAGAGAUUGGAUGGUUUUGUGCUCAGGGAUUGGUUGGGUUUUUUUUGUUUGUUUUUGUUUUUGCUGAGUUGGUCAGGGCAGAGUAUGUUUCUUUGACUCUGGUUUCAUGGCUAAAGUGUGUUUCUCUUGCUGGCCCUUUUUAAUCUUUUGGCUCCGGUUUCAUUGGUCCCUUUUAACCUUUUGGCUCUGAUUUCAGGGCCAGUUAAUUGGAUCAGGGUGUGUUUCUUUGGCUCUGGUUUCAGGGUUAGGGUGUGUUUUUUUGGCUGACCUUCAUACCCUACACCAGUAAUUACUUUCUGUUGACUGGGUGGUGGUGGCGCGUGCCUUUAAUCCCUGCACUUGGGAGGCAGAGGCAGGAAGAUCUCUGUGAGUUUGAGGCCAGCCUGAUGUACAAGAGCUAGUUCCAGAACAGGCUACAAGGCUCCAAAAGCUACAGAGAAACCCUGUCUCCAAAAACUAAAAAAAAAAAAAAAACCCACAAACUUAAAAAAAAAAAAAAAAGAAUAUUCUCAGGGCCCUGGAAGGCUAGAAUAUUGGCCAGAAGCAAUGAGGAAAUUUAGAAGUAUAUGGUUUAUUGACAAGCUGAAAAGACAGCAAUCACAUUGUCUGGAUUGAUCCAUAUCAGGUUUUAGCAAGUCCAGGACUCAUGGUUAUUUGGAGCAGGUUAUCAGAAAUUGAUGCUUGAGUGUGUUUGUCAGCCAAAUGGAAACCUGGUAAGACAUAUACAAACUGGGAACAGAAGUUAAAGUGUAUGAACUCAACUGAAACUUGUAGCCUCAGUAAUUGAGGAAGGGGAAGGGUCCUAAGACCAGGAGAGAGAGAGAAAAAUACCAUAAUCCUUUUAACUUGUGAAAAGUGAAGUAAAACAUUACACAACACUCUUCCACAAUAAUCCCUGAGCCUUAAGAGGACAGGGUGUGAUAUGCAUGUUCCAUUUGAGGAUGAGAAUUCUGCCCUUUUCUGUCCUUUUUGCUCUGUGCCUUGGCCAGUUGUGGAUGUUUGUAUUAAUCACAUCUACAGCAAACAGAAACUUCUCUGAUGAGCAUUAAGAGAUGCAUUAUCUAUUGCUGUGGGACAAUGGUUUUACCAGGUAAACAUUUGUUUCUUGUACUUGUUUAAUAAAAUGCUGAUUGGCCAGUAGCCAGGCAAGAAGUAGA